AGCCGUUUCCCAGCGUCCCCUCCGCUCGGCCCCCGCCGCAGCCGCUUCCCCCCGUGCGAGCUCCGCGGCCCGGCGGGCCCGUUCUCUCCGGGGAGGCCCCUCUGCUCACCGCCGACGCCGCAGGGCUCCUCCGAACCACCCCCCUCCCCCUCGCCCCGGUCCAGGCCCGGCGAACCGCUUAUUUUCUCCGCGGCUCCCCCCACCCGCUCGCCCCCCCCCCCAUCCGCUCCGGGCGUCCGGCGCUAAGAGAAGGCGGAGAAGAACUCCUUCGCGGCUGGGCCGGCGGCCAGGAUGUCAGGUGGGGACUCGGCGGCGGCGGCGGCGGCGACCGCCUCCCCGCAGCCGCUCCCGUUCUCCUUGCCGAAGCCCCCUCCCCUCAUGCAGCUGACGCCGGGGGACGCCGUCCGCCCCGUCGCUUCCGCCGCGGACCAAUCGCCGAAGAGCACCCGACUGGCGGGCCGCCCCGAUUGGCCGGCCGGCAAGCCAGUCAGCCUGCUGGCCCCGCUGCUCCCGCCCCGCGGGGAGCCCGAACCGCUGAUGCCCUUUGGCCCCUCGUCGCGGCAGCCACUCAGAGGGCGGCUUCUUGGCAGGUGCAGCGGCGGCAGCCUGCUGAGCCCCUCGAUGCGGCCCGGCGGCGUCGACCGCGGCUCCCUCAUGAUGGGACACCCAGGCAUGCCACAUUAUCCUCCCAUGGGAAUGCACCCUAUGGGUCAGAGACCACCAAAUAUGCCGCCAGUUCCACACGGUAUGAUGCCUCAGAUGAUGCCCCCCAUGGGAGGACCGCCAAUGGGGCAGAUGCCUGGAAUGAUGCAGUCAGUAAUGCCUGGAAUGAUGAUGUCUCACAUGUCUCAAGCUGCUAUGCAGCCUACAGUUCCGCCAGGGGUGAACAGUAUGGAUGCGCAAGUAGGUGUAACACCUCCUGGAACUCAGACAACACAUCCUGUAGUUUGCGCAGCCCAGCAAACCGCCACAACCAACAGUUCUGUUAAUGAAGAGCACUCUAAACAGAAAUCUACAUGGACAGAACACAAAUCACCUGAUGGAAGAACAUAUUACUAUAAUACUGAAACAAAGCAGUCUACCUGGGAGAAGCCAGAUGAUCUCAAAACACCCGCUGAGCAAUUGUUGUCUAAAUGUCCCUGGAAAGAGUAUAAAUCUGAUUCUGGAAAGCCCUACUAUUAUAAUUCCCAAACAAAGGAAUCACGCUGGGCAAAACCCAAAGAGCUUGAGGAUCUUGAAGCAAUGAUUAAAGCUGAAGAGAACAGCACAAAGCCCGAAGAAUCAACUCCAACGCCAUCUGCUUCAGCUGCUGCAGCAGAAGCAGCAAACACAACCACCACAGCCACAACCGCUGCUGAAACUGCCACAGCUGUUAGUACCACCACUGCUACUUCUGCAGCAACAGCAGCCCCUGAAGCAGAAAGUGCUGCAGCUUCUUCUGUGGUAGAAAAUGAGAGUACUGGCACAGCUGCAGCUGAGGAACAGGGACAAGCAACUUCUGCACCUGCUGUGCAGGAACAGAGUGCAGAAACUGCAGCUAACGCAGCAGACGACUCUUCCAAGCAGGAGGCCUCAGCAGAUGCUGCUUCAAAGAAGGAGGACGACGAUGCCCAACCAGUUAAAAAAACCUAUACAUGGAAUACAAAGGAAGAAGCAAAGCAAGCGUUUAAAGAACUGUUAAAAGAAAAGCGAGUACCAUCCAAUGCCUCUUGGGAGCAAGCUAUGAAAAUGAUCAUUAAUGAUCCCAGAUACAGUGCUUUGGCAAAAUUAAGUGAAAAAAAGCAAGCCUUUAAUGCUUACAAAGUUCAAACAGAAAAAGAAGAGAAAGAAGAAGCAAGAUCAAAAUACAAAGAAGCUAAAGAAUCCUUCCAGCGUUUUCUUGAAAACCAUGAAAAGAUGACAUCCACAACAAGAUACAAAAAAGCUGAACAAAUGUUUGGGGAGAUGGAAGUCUGGAAUGCGAUAUCUGAGCGUGAUCGUCUUGAAAUUUAUGAAGAUGUCUUGUUUUUUCUCUCUAAGAAAGAGAAGGAACAAGCCAAACAGUUAAGAAAGAGGAAUUGGGAAGCUUUGAAGAACAUACUAGAUAACAUGGCUAAUGUCACUUACUGUACUACUUGGUCAGAGGCUCAGCAGUAUCUGAUGGAUAAUCCUACAUUUGCAGAAGAUGAGGAACUUCAGAACAUGGAUAAGGAGGAUGCACUGAUCUGUUUUGAGGAACAUAUCAGGGCAUUGGAAAAGGAGGAGGAAGAAGAAAAACAGAAAAGUUUGCUUAGAGAAAGAAGGCGACAGCGCAAAAAUAGAGAAUCUUUUCAGCUAUUUUUAGAUGAACUGCAUGAGCAUGGACAAUUACAUUCCAUGUCCUCUUGGAUGGAGUUGUACCCAACCAUAAGCUCUGACAUCAGAUUCACAAAUAUGCUUGGUCAACCUGGAUCGACAGCACUUGAUCUUUUCAAGUUCUAUGUUGAAGACUUGAAAGCACGUUACCAUGAUGAAAAGAAGAUAAUAAAAGAUAUCUUAAAGGAUAAAGGAUUUGUGGUUGAAGUGAAUACUUCUUUUGAAGAUUUUGUUACGGUCAUCAGUUCAACUAAAAGAGCUACUACUUUAGAUGCAGGAAAUAUCAAGCUGGCUUUCAACAGUCUGCUAGAAAAGGCAGAAGCCCGUGAAAGAGAGAGGGAAAAAGAAGAAGCUCGCAAAAUGAAGCGGAAAGAGUCUGCCUUCAAGAGUAUGUUGAAGCAAGCUACUCCUCCAAUUGAAUUGGACGCUGUCUGGGAAGAUAUCAGAGAUAGAUUUGUGAAGGAACCAGCAUUUGAAGACAUCACUCUGGAGUCUGAAAGAAAAAGAAUAUUUAAAGAUUUCAUGCAUGUAUUAGAGCACGAGUGUCAGCAUCAUCAUUCAAAGAACAAGAAACAUUCUAAAAAGUCUAAAAAACAUCAUAGGAAGCGAUCACGUUCUCGUUCGGGCUCAGAAUCUGAGGAUGAUGAUAGCCACUCAAAGAAGAAAAGGCAGCGUUCAGAAUCUAGAUCGGUUUCUGAGCGUUCUUCCAGUGCAGAGUCGGAGAGAAGUUACAAGAAGUCAAAAAAACACAAGAAAAAGAGCAAGAAGAGACGACAUAAGUCUGAUUCACCAGAAUCGGAUAUUGAACGAGAAAAAGACAAAAAAGAAAGAGAGAGCGAGAAGGAUAGAGCUAGACAAAGAUCUGAAUCAAAACAUAAAUCUCCUACUAAAAAACGACCUGGAAAAGAUUCUGGGAACUGGGAUACUUCAGGCAGCGAACUGAGCGAAGGGGAGCUGGAAAAACAGAGGAGGACUCUUUUGGAACAACUGGAUGAAGAUCAAUGAGAACAUUAUUUAUACCAAAUAUGUUUACAUUGUGGCAUAAUAAAAGAAACCAAUGUCUAAUUCAGGACGUGGGUUCUGAUAUCCUGAGUUCCAUUGUUGAAGUAACAGUGGGUUUUCAUUUUACCACAUCGAUACAUUCUCAAGUACUAUUAUUACGGGCCUGGCAUCAAAUCUAGAAAAGUGAGUGAAAUCCUGAGCGCAAAGCUGAGUCUCUGUCCUGGACCUGCCAGGCAGGAUGGGAGCCCUCGAAGGGAACACCACGGCGGAAGGCGCCAGUGCUCGCUGGACCUUGUCUGCAGGCCCAGGGAAGUGUUGGCACCUUUCUAGCAAAGCAUCUCUUAAGUACGGUCCUUCCUAGAAAGGUAGUAACGCUGCUUUUCCUGGCCAGUGUAGGCAGAUAAAAUUUCAUUUUUAGAAAGAGAUUCUUAUUAUAGUUUCUUGUGGUUUCAUUUGUUUUUAGUUUGGAAAGGGGAAGGCAAUGGAAGGGGAGUAAUGAAUCCAUGUCUUGAUCUGUACUGCAAAAAAAAUACCAGAUGAUACUGGAAUUGCUCUUUUGUGAACCGCGUCACUGGCCAAACCGAUGUUGAGUUUUUGUAUGAAGACUUGAUGUCCUGGCUGAGAUUCGUGUCUAAGCACUGUCUCAGAGUGAAUUUUUAUGGUAAAUUUUCAAAGCCCUGGAAGUGCGGUUGAUGGGAAUGCGACCGGCCCUUCGUUGCGGUGCCAGCAGAGGAUGCUGCGUGUCACAGCCGCCUCUUGUGUUCCCCUAAAACCCUAUCCGGAACAGCUACGGGCGUUAUUUCAGCGUUUUAUCUUCAUGUUAAAACUUAACAAAACAAAAAUCAAAUUGUAAAUGAAUUUCAAUGUGUUGCCUUAAGAACCUGCUGAACAAUGUACCACCAUGUUUUGACAGCAGCUGUGUCUAGAGCAUCCCUUAAAAAGGGAGAAGGAAGAAGCUUAAGCCCCGUCUCCUUUUUGAUUGCCUUGGGCCAGUUUAGGAAGGUUUUGCCAGCCCUGCUCGGUGCAGUGAGCAGCGGCUGCUGUGGUACACAUUUGGAAAUCCCUCUGAUGGGAAUAUUUUUGUACAUUUUUAUCAAUUAUUAAACCUUGUCUUCUAGUGUGUACUAGUA